CCAAACAUCACUUGAGAACUUCCCGAAGAUGCAUAUCCUCUCAUUCCCCACUAUGUUUCUCACAGUCUCGGCCGCAACUAUCGCGAUCCCCGCCGAAACUCCCUCUAAUUCUACCGCUGCUCAGGCCUGUCCCGGUCGACGCAUCAACUGGCAGGGCGGAGGUUGUGAGCGCAAUUGGGGAAGAGACUGUCUAAAUCGCUGCUUGAAUGCUGCAGGGGGUAAGCGAUGCUGCCCUCGUUCGGUCGGUUGGUAUCAAGAUCGCGGAGGAUGUUGGUUGGGCUGGGAGACUUGCCGGUGCACCUGCAAUGCCUAGGCAGUGAAGGUACGCCAUUGAAACGUCGGGACUAUCUUGAGGUUAGUGCGCUGCCAUGGUAUUUGGUACGUGGAUAGUAGUUGUGUCGAUUGGUGGGCGGUGUAUCCGUGGC